AUGAUUGACCAUAACACAAAGUUACGUUAUGACAACAUGUUAUAUGCACAAGUAGAUGUUGUAAUAUUUGCCAGGUCUAAAAUGGGGUAUGAAGGGAUAGAAGCGAUGGUAUCAGAAACGGGUUGGCCGUCAAAAGAUGAUCAGGAUGAAAAAGGGGCAACUGCUGAGAAUGCAGCAAUAUAUAAGCGGAAUUUGUUUAGAAGGCAACUAGAAAAUGGACACCUUUUAAUAAAAUGUGACAUUAUUUCAACAUCUGAAUGCAAAGCUCAUGGGCGUCCUCCAACCUCCUCAAUCUUCCCUUUACAAGGCCCCUGGGUCAAAACCCCAUAA